ACACUUUUCCCUUCAACGCUGAACGGCAAUAAAGUUUUUUCAAAAACCGACGCUGGACAUUUAAAAAAUAUUGUCGUCCCAUGAUGCUCUGCUGCCACGGCUGGGAAUUCAAAACGAGGGAGCCAAUCACCGGAGUCCGUAAGCAACGGAGCACGAUUUGAAAUGAUAGUGUAUCAGUGCUGCCAGAGGGGAGGCCAGGAGAGACAUCAGUAGUGGAAACCGUCGUCGUCGAGUUCGUAUCCUUACCCACCAUUUAGAUACUGUUCGUCCAAGGCAAGUCGAUAUUAAUACUACUUUGAAUCGUUUUGGUUUUAUCGCGACGGACCGCUGCUGUUAGUUCGAGUUUUAGUUAGAAUUAUGCGAGUUUGUACGGACGGACGCACUUGACUGAAGAGAAGGCAGCCGCUGAGCCAGCGCUCGUUAGUUGUCGUCGUUUUGUAGGCUCGCGCUCGCUCGCUCGCUCGCGGUUCUUCGUCCAGCCGGCGGCGGCGCUUUUUUUAUUUCAUAAAACAAGUAGCGUACGAGUGUCGUUCGCUUCGAAACGCCCAAGAGAUGAGCGCGGGAACGGCAAAGGCGACGAAGGCGUCGGCGCAGAGCGAGCCGAAGAGCGCAAGCGCCCCGCUGAAGGAGAUCCCCGACAUCCUGGUGGACCCCCGCACCAUGAAGCGCUACAUGCGCGGCCGCUUUCUGGGCAAAGGUGGCUUCGCCAAGUGCUACGAGAUCACGGACGUGGACACGAAGGAGGUCUUCGCCGGCAAGGUGGUCCCCAAGGCCCUGCUGCUCAAACCUCACCAGAAGGAGAAGAUGUCCAUGGAAAUCACGAUCCACAAGAGCCUGGACCACCCGCACGUCGUGGGCUUCCACGGCUUCUUCGAGGACGAGGACUUCGUGUACGUGGUGCUGGAGAUCUGCAGGCGGAGGUCGCUCCUGGAGCUGCACAAGAGGAGGAAGGCUGUGACGGAGCCGGAAGCUCGAUAUUACAUGCGGCAGACCAUCCAGGGAUGUCAGUACCUUCACAACAACAGAGUCAUCCACAGGGACCUGAAGCUGGGUAACCUCUUCCUGAACGAUGACUUGGAUGUCAAGAUAGGUGACUUUGGUCUGGCAACAAAAAUUGAGUUUGAUGGCGAGAGGAAGAAGACGCUAUGUGGGACUCCCAAUUACAUUGCUCCCGAGGUGCUGUGCAAGAAGGGCCACAGCUUUGAGGUGGACAUCUGGUCCCUGGGCUGCAUCCUCUACACUUUGCUAGUAGGGAAGCCUCCGUUUGAGACAUCCUGCCUGAAAGAGACUUACAUCCGCAUCAAGAAAAAUGACUACACAAUUCCACGGCACAUCAACCCCACAGCCGCAUCUCUGAUCAAGAGGAUGCUCCAUGCUGACCCGACUCUCCGGCCCGCCAUUGGAGACUUGCUGACGGAUGAGUUCUUCACCUCCGGCUACGUCCCCCUGCGUCUGCCCACCACCUGCCUUACAGUGGCUCCUCGCUUCUCCAUUGCACCCAGCUCUUUGGAGGCUGAGCACCGCAGACCACUGACUGCCCUCAACAGAGAAACUGAGUGUCAAGUGGAAAAGAUGGAACAGAAAGAAGAACCUCCACUCAGGGAGGAAUCUGAGUCUGCGGACUAUUUGUCUGACAUGUUAAAGCAGCUCAACAGUGUUAAUGCUUCAAAGCCCUCGGAGAAGGUUGUAAUUCGUCAAGAGGAAGCUGAAGACCCGGCCUGCGUUCCGAUUUUCUGGAUUAGCAAAUGGGUGGACUACUCUGACAAAUAUGGCCUUGGAUACCAGCUGUGUGACAACAGUGUGGGGGUGCUCUUCAAUGAUUCUACACGACUUAUAAUGUAUGACGAUGGGGACCGCCUGCAGUACAUUGACCGAAAUUCUGAGGAGACUUACCUUAGAGUGAGGUCGUAUCCUUCCACACUUGCCAAGAAGAUUACACUUCUGAAGUAUUUCCGCAACUACAUGAGCGAGCAUCUCCUCAAAGCCGGUGCCAACAUCACUCCGCGGGACGGGGAUGAGCUGGCCCGCCUGCCGUACCUGCGUCACUGGUUCCGCACAAAGAGUGCCAUCGUGCUGCACCUGAGCAACGGCACAGUGCAGAUCAACUUCUUUCAGGACCACACCAAGCUGAUCCUGUGCCCUCUUAUGGCUGCGGUGACGUACAUUGACGAGAAGAGGGAAUUCCGCACUUACAAGAUGAGCCUCAUUGAGCAGUAUGGCUGCAACAAAGAGCUGGCCAGCCGCUUGCGUUAUGCUCGCACCAUGGUGGAAAAGCUGUUGGCCUGCAAGUCCAUUCCUCCCCGAAAGGCUGCAGCAGAUGCAGAGCAUGCCUAAUCGCUCUGCUCUCACUUGUAGUACCCUUCACGACUAUUACUAAUAUCUUACAAAUCUACCGCUAACGCCUGUAAAUGUCUGAAACUGGCCAAAGGGUUCCCUUAGGUGGUUUACACAAUACUUUCCCCAACUCUCGUGAAUAUAUUUUUGGAAUAAGGGUAUUUUUUAAGUAGGAAAAACAAGGUCUCUGUACAAGCAACUUGAAUUGUUCAACGCACUCAUGUUGAAUUUGAGUUCCACUAUGCCAAAGUGGCAAAAGCUUAGUCUUAUGUACUUUUUAAUGUUUGUAUGUCUGUCUAUACUAUACCCACUGUAUAAAAUCCUGGAUAGAAAUAUACAGUAGGUGGACAAGAUGUUGAACUGAUCCGUAUAUUCCAAGUGAAUAAAGAUGUUUUUGGAAAUUUU